CUCCAGGAGAACAACAGCCCUGCCCUCCACAUUGGCAGUGUCAGUGCCAAGGAUAGAGACUCCGGAAUCAAUGCCAAAGUCACCUACUCCCUCCUGCCCCCAGAGAAUGGAGACCUGCCCCUCUUCUCCUACAUCUCCAUCAACUCAGACAAUGGCCAUCUCUAUGCUCUGAGAUCCCUGGAUUAUGAAGCCCUCCAAGCUUUCCAGUUCACUGUGAUAGCAGCUGAUGGUGGUUCCCCAUCUCUGAGCAGCCAGGCUUUGGUUGAGGUUGUGGUCCAGGAUAUGAAUGACAACUCUCCCUUUGUGCUGUACCCUCUGCAGAAUGGCACAGCUCCCUGCAAUGACCUGGUGCCCAGGGCUGCAGAGCCAGGUUACCUGGUCACUAAGGUUGUGGCUGUGGAUAGAGACUGGGGACAGAAUUCCUGGCUUUCCUACCAGCUUCUCAAGGCCACAGACCCAGGACUCUUCACUGUGUGGGCUCACAAUGGGGAAGUUAGAACAGCAAGACCCAUCAGUGACAGAGAUGCCAUCAAGCAGAGGCUCCUGGUUCUGGUGAAGGACAAUGGGCAGCCUCCUCUGUCCACAGCAGCCACACUGAAUGUUCUCCUGGUUGAUGGCUUCUCUGAGCCCUACAUGCAGCUCCCAGAUGCACUCAAGGAGCAAGUCCAAACUGAUUCCCUCACCACUUACCUAGUCAUUUCUCUGGCCUCUGUCUCCUUUCUCUUCCUGGUCUCUGUUAUUAUAUUCAUUGCUAUUCGCCUGUGGAAGAGGAAGAAGGAUGCCACUGAUGCUGCUCACUUCAAUUCAAAUGGCCCCUUUCCAGGUCACUUGGUGGAUGUCAGUGGGACAGGGACUUUGUCUCAAAACUACCAAUAUGAGGUGUGCCUGACUACUGGCUCAGCAACCAGUGAAUUCAAAUUUCUAAAGCCCAUUAUUCCCACCCUUCCUCCUGCUGAAGGAAAUGGGAAGGACUCUACUGAAAACCCACACUUAAGAAAUAGCUUUUGCUUCACUUAACAAUUUGGGCUUUUUUUCAAUAGAUUUUGCAUCUCUCUCUCCCGCUCCCCAUAUUAGCUUUCUUUCUGUAACAAAAAAUACACUUCCUUGAUAUCCAGUUUAUUAUAAUAUUCAUCCUCUUCCCUUUUCAUAUUUUCUUUUUCUCCCUGAAUCCUCAGCUUGAAAAGUCUUUAUUCUGUCUCAUAUUUUAAUUUUAUUUUUGUGUACAGGUUUUCUCCACAUUACUCAAAUCUUUUCCUAAUUUUUAGGAAUGAAUAAACUUUAAUACAUUCCCUGGCA